UGAAAACUUAAGAUAUAAUUGUGGCUUUUCCGCUAGAAUAAAUUUAGAGAUCACUAACUAUACUCUGAUUGUCCGCCUGCGCGUGGAUCUCUUAUAUUGAUGUCUCAAAUCGAUGAGAAUAGAUGGUUCUUACAUUUUAUUGUAUACAUUUAGAAGAUGACUUUGUCGCGUAGGUCAAUGCUAUAUAACAGUAUGUUAUAUGAUACAGGGACGCACGCCUCCCCCUGUGGAUGGCCCUGUGGUGGCGCUUGCGCGCUCUUUUCCGCGAAGCUUUUCGCGGGUUGUCGGGGUGGAAGGCGUCAAAACUGGGAGCGGGCGGCCCCUUGCGCCUCUCUGCAGGUCCUCGACAGACGUCCCGGCCCCUCCCGACCCUCGCAGGCUGGAAGUCUCCGAGGUAGAAGGCCGCCGAAGGCGGCCACGGUCUCGAGGCCUGGCCCCUUUUGCUGGGUUGCCCUCAUCAAAUGCGCCGCAAGAGCCGGCAGGCCGAUGACCACGGGCCCGGAGGGUACAGGCCACACGGCUCACGGGGUCCAGCCUUGCGCCCUUUGCCGCCUUCGGAGGCCUUUCACACCCGGCAAACUGCUGCGGCGGCGGGGGGGCAGCAGAUCGGAAAUCUGUAGGGUACACGCAGGCAGCUGGAAGGGAGCGGAGGAGGCCCCUUGGACCCCUUUGGAAGCUCUUCAUUCCCGGCGGACGCCUCCAAAAGGGGUCCGGGGAUUCACGGCCCCCCCUCUAGCGUGGAGAACGCUGCUGCGCUUCAGCCUGAAUCUUGUUCUUUGAUAAUUGUUUGUCGUUUAUUUUUAUUUCCUGGGGUGUCGCUCUUUACCUCUUACGUCUUGAGUAAAUGCUUUCCCCGUGAUAAUAUUUUAUUUGGUGUCCUUCUCUUACUCUUACAGAUUAUCCCCAACCCCAUUUUUAGGAUAUGAUAAUUUUCGUCCUCUUGGAUCCAGGGUGUUGCGAAUCAUUUGUGCAACAAGAACUAGUUCCUUUCUUCUAGUUUUUAGGCGUUGAAUGUUCAGCAUGGAGAAUUUCAGGUAUCACAGCAGAUAUUGAGCAUCUUUUCGGUGUAUUGUUCUUCCAGUUGCUAUCUUACAAUAUGCUUAAUUUUAUGUAUGAAUAUCAGAUUUGGACCAGCCACUUGGAUGUGAAGAUAUUGUUCCUUCGCCUUCCUCUGUGCUGGACCAGGAUCAUUCAACUUGAUAAUUAUGAUUUUUUGCGCAACCUUUGAUGGUGGUGUUCGUUGUUGCAUGAAGCGUAAUAAAU